AUGUACGGCCUCGCCGGAGCAGUGGAAGGCGACGGCGCAUUCACUGAGGACAUAGAGGGAAGCGAAACAGAUCUAGUGUGCGCGACAGACGACGAAGAGGACCUUGAGCGAGGCCUGCUUUUCCGUCCAGAGUCUUUGCAUGCAGCGCCUCGCAGCCCGCCCCCGACAAAGGAGCACCACGGCGAACCUGACGACCUGGACGAGGAGGAGGAAGACGAAGAAGAGCCUGGUCUUCUUAUGGUUACGCUCCUCCUGUUGAUCUUACCUGCGUUUCUCUUCUAUCCCUUUGUACUUCCCCGCCUUCCUGAGGACAGACAAGCUGCGACGGGUUGGACAGUCGGUUUGCUGCUAACCGCGACACUCGGCACUUUGAUCCCAGUCGCUUUCAGCGACCCUGGAAUCAUUCCCCGAGAACCUUGUCCAACGGAUCUUCCUCGCGGAACGGACCCAUCGCCCAGUGCGGGUCUGGGAGCCGGGAGACAGAUGUGCGUGAAUCCCAGCAUUCGCCCCUUCAUGCAUGCACAAAAGUGCCUGUGGAAACUGGACCCACAUGGACUUCCCGAAUGCCACGGACAUGCAAAUGGUCUCUACGGGCGUCUCCGUUUUCCUGCAGGAGUAAAGUAUAUCACGAUCAACGGCGUCAGUGUCCCCCAGAAGUGGUGCACAACGUGCUAUUUGUACAGACCUCCUCGCUCGAAGCACUGCUCCGUCUGCAACAACUGCGUUCGGCGGUUUGACCACCAUUGUCCUUGGGUGUCGAACUGCGUCGGCGAACGGAACUAUCGCAUUUUUUUCUUCUUCCUCGUCUUCUGCGCCCUCUACUGUCUCUCGGCCGUCGUCGGCGUUGGCGUCGCCUUCCAUACGCAAAUUCACAGUCGAGGUCCUGCGAGCCUCGCGUCGGUUUGGAAGACCGUGAAGGGAUGCCCUCAUCUCGCGGUUCUCUUUCUUUACGGCGUGUGCUGCUCCAUCCCGGUCUUCCAUCUCUUGUUCUUCGACAUCUAUUUGAUUGCAAACAACCGCACAACAAACGAAGAGGCCUUACAACUCUUCACCAAGAAAAAUCCGUAUUCUCACGGCUGUCUCUAUAACGUCCGUCAAUUCAUGUGCCACCGAGUCGGGCCUAGCUACGUGGCACAGGCUGGGCGGGCGAAAACGUUCCCAGAGAGGCUUGGUGUCUUGGUCGAGUACUGCAAAUGCCCGGGCGUCUUCUUGCUGGCCUCGUCGAGGCGUCGCGGGUCUCAUCUCGACAAGCACCACGACUUAUCUCAUCGGUCGUUCUGA